GGGCAGCACUGGUUUUAAGCAAAAAUCCAGUUGUAUUUCAACAGACUACAAUUUUCCACUUAAAAAAAAAAAAGACAGACGGCCGCAUUAAAUUAAAAUAAACACUUUAUAAUUUCCAAAGUUUCUCUGACAUCCUCCACCUUCUGCGCUUGCUUCAGUCCCCUGUUUCCGAGAGAGGAUAGAGCCCUUCAAAUCCUUUCUCAGGGUUCUAGGGUUUCUCUACCAACUUCUCAAUUGACUCCUUUCCCGCCCAAAUUUCCGAUCUUUUACAGGAAUUUCCCGAUUUCCAUCAACAAUGUCGCUAAAACCACCUGCGGGUUACGGCACCAUCACCGCCGCCAACCCCGCCGCCGUGCAAACCUCCAAAGAUCUCACCUUUACCUCCCGUGCCAAUCCCCAAACUUCCCAACCCGUGUACCCCGCACGCAUCUCUCAAUCCGUGUACCCUACGCGCCGCCCGUGGCCAGAGCUCUUCUCCCUGACCUCCUUCUCCGUUCCGUACAACUACGCCGACGCCAUGGCUCGAAUCAAGCACAACAUCAGCUACUUCCGCGUCAACUACGCCAUGGUAGUGCUCCUCAUCGUCUUCCUCAGCCUCCUAUGGCACCCAGUCUCCAUGAUCGUCUUCUUGAUCGUCCUCGUCGCCUGGCUCGCCCUCUACUUCUUCCGUACUGGGCCCGUCGUUUUGUUCAACCAGAGCUUCGACGACAGGCUGGUGGUGGUCGUGCUGAGCUUGGUCACUGUCGUAGCGCUGGUGUUUACCCACGUGGGUUUGAAUGUGUUGGUGUCGUUGAUCGUCGGGGUGGUGGUGGUUGGGCUCCACGCCGCCUUUCGGGUCACCGAAGACUUGUUUCUUGACGAGGAGACUGCGGCUGAAAACGGGUUGGUGUCGGUUGUUGCAAACCAGCCCCUGCGCCCGACUUCUUACACCCGGAUUUGAAUUCUCGGGUUGUUUGAUUCUUCGCCGCUAAAAUUGGGGUUUUGAGGUUGUACAAAAUAUUUCAGAUGAGGGUGGGGAUUUUUAUUUUUCCGGGAAAAAUUCGAUUUUUAUGGGAAAUUUGGGUUUUUGGAGCUGUGUUGCAAACUGUAGAGGGACAACAAUGUAGCAAUUGCAGCUUCAAGAGGGAAAGGUGAUUGAUUUUUGUUAUUGUCUUCUUCUUUGAUAUCAUACAGUGGAUAAAGUUUGGUUA